AUGGAGUCAGCCUUAUUCGUCAGUUAUAUACGGUUGACGGGACUUUCUCUUCAACAGCAGCUUGGCUUGCCUUUUUGCACAUCAUAUGCUGGAUCUAAAACUUGUCCCGAAGGAUUAAAAGUUACAUUUCAUGAAAUCCCAUCGAACGAACAACUGAGACAGAAGUGGUUAAAUGUUAUAUCACGACAAGGAAAUAAAAAAUAUUUACAGGCACAGCAUGAUAAAAAUGCUCUAAAAUUGAAGGCCUACGAAGAAGAUAAUCUGAUUGAAGCAGUAGGAAAAAUAGCAGCAUUAACUGAAACUGAAAACACUGGAGCAGUAUUUCUUGUUGACCAGGUUCUCAAUUUUGAUAAACGUUGCCCCAAAUGGAGUAAUGAUGUAAUUCGUGAAUGUAUUUUAUGUAAAGUUAAAUCACCAAAAGGUUAUGAUCAUGCUCGUGUUAGAAAGCGGCUUUGUUUGCCUUCGAUAUAA